CUAGACCUCUAUAUGUGAAGUGAUAUAUUGAUGAAAAAUGGUGGCAUGAAUAUCGUCUCUCAUAAAUUAUCACGCCACAUACCCUUCUGAUAAACUCAUAAAAGAAACAAUACAAUUCGAAAGGGAUUUAGGUUUUACAGAAUAGAAAAAAUUAAAGUUUUAGGUUUCUUGAAAAAGGGCGACGACGGAGGUACGAUUCGGUGGAAAAUGGACGACGAUCAACUGUCGAGGUUUCUUGGAAACUUUGAGACCAAAGUUUAUUUUGAGGAAAACAAAGAAUCGUUUCCCGGAAGACGUGUUUUUUGGUCCCAAAACCUACAACAGAAUUCCAACGAGAUCCACGGCAAGGUUAAAUCUGCAUUUUCUAGUAUUGAUGUCCCCCGUUUGAAGGGGCUAAUCCAGUUUUGGGCACCCCUUGCAACCACCGAGGGAAGACACUUACUUUCAACUUCUGACCAACCUUUUGUUCUUGAGGAUCUUGACCCUCGUCUUUGCAAAUACAGGUUACAUUCUGUCAGGUAUCAAUAUAGUAUUGAUGAUCAUAAUGAUAAUACUUCCAUCAUAUCAAAUGGCUUCGUGGCCACUGCAUUCCAUAACCGUUUUCCAGAGGUACUUCUCGAUUUAAGGCAGAUGAUUAGCAUAGAAGACGGGAGGAGUACCAAAGAUCCAUUGGUUUAUUCUGCCCUUAAUUGUGAUUUAACCUCUUCUAUAUUAUUCCCUAUUUUCUAUCAUAGCUCUUCUUGUGUUGGUGUUGUUGAGUGUUGUAUGAAGGUGACUGGUCUUCUUAUAAUUUUCAAUCAGUUGAAAUCUGCACUAGAGAGAGUCGGUCUGACUACGUAUCCUAUACAAGAAGGCCUGCCAGACAUGACUAUGGAUAGUUUCAAACGUGUCCGGGAUGAAAUUGAAGAUGCACUAAAGUUUGUUUGCGAAUCACAUCACUUGGCUCUUGGUCAAGUAUGGAUCCCCUAUUAUGAUGACUAUGUGUCCUUCACAUCUUCUUCUACCCUCAUCAUACGAAGCCAAUGUUUGCACUCAGGCUGUCUGGUUAUUGCUGUAUUGACUCAGAUGAUGAUCCUAUUAAGGAUUAUUAUGAUACCUCUAGUAUUCUUCCUUUGAAAUUGGAGGAGGGGCUUCCUGGGAAGACACUUGCUACUCAUCAACCACACUUCUGCAGAAAUCUUUGUAUGCCAAGGAGGGUCAGCGGCUUUUUGGGGAUAUACUCGGGCAGUGCUAAAUGCAGUUGCCUUGCAAUAUGCCUGAGGAGUGUUCACACUGCAGAUCUUGAUUACGCCUUUGAAUUCUUCUGGCCGCGAAGUCGAAACUACUUAAUUGUGUUGGAGUCUCUGUUGUCAAAACUGAAGAUGUGUCUGCCGAGUUUUAAGUUUCCUUCUGGUGCAGAAGUUGGUGAAGAGUUAUGCAUUUUGGAUGUUGAGAAUUCUACAAGAAACAGAAGCGGAUCUUUCAAGAUUUUCAAAGGGGGCAGAUUGUCAAAAACACUUGGAGCCUCCAAAGAAACAAAAUCGGUGGCUGAUGAGGCCAGACAACAAUAUGAAAGCACCUUGGUUGAAUCUGAAAGGGACGCUAAUGAUCAGUGGCUGAGAGCAAAGCAUGUGAAGAGAGAGUUAUAUGACGUGUACGACGGUGAGGGUGAAGCUGACAUUGACCCAUUUUGGGAGGACGAUGAUGAUAUGCUCAUGGAAACAUAUUAUAGGAAUGAAUGCACCCUAAUCUAUCUCCGAAGCUCAUAUACACUUGCAAAUGUUAAGAAGAUUAUUGAGGAGGAUUUUAAAUUGGAUCCUGGCACUUAUGUGUUGGGUUACUUGUUUGAGAAGGGGACCUGGGUUAAGCUAGAUACAGAUGAAAGAUUGUCAAAAUGGAAAAAACACUCUAGAAGUGCCCAGAAGAGUUGUUUUACAGUCUCCGUGGUGCCAUUAGACACUUGCGGAUGCUCAGGUCAACAGGCUCAGUUACUAUCUUCAGUGUUCUGUUCAGGUGAAGAAUGUUUUAUAUUACCCAAAGUUAGCGACUAAACCCUUGGCUUGUAACUCUUGGAAAUUGUUAGAUGUUGAUUGCUCGUUUGAUCUAAGUUCUGAAUGGUUUUGGAUUA